CAUAUUACAAUGAAAUGUUUUAUUAGGUUAAAGUUACAAGCGACCAUCAAAACAGAAAUGGAAAUUAAAAAGUCAAAGGAUACCUUUAAUUAUUUUACAAUCUAAAAGUAGACACAAAAACACGCUUGAUACACCAGAUUUGCAUUCUUUAGUCACAACUGCUUCAGUGUGAAAUCACAUGAGCAUGGUGAAGGGAUCCUUUCAUGUCCUGAUGUCAGAGCAGAGCGGCAUUAAACAGUCUCUGUGUUUCUAGCUUUUAAAAAAAAUGUUUUUAUGUCCAACCGUUUACACACUGCGCUUUAAAAUAACAAGUCACGCUGUAAAACUUGACGUUUUUAUUGAUGACUAAAAUCAGGUGCAACCAAUGAAACAAUGGGUAGAAAAUUAUAAUAUCACGAUGAUAAUAAUGAUUUCAGAAGGGGCGACGAGUUAGCAAAGCCCGCAUCAAAACGCCUCUCUUUACUCUAGUCUGUGAGUCGUAUCACUUAAUUAAUCAAUACAUAAUUAAAGACGGUGUACAAUAUUUUAGAAAAUUUUAGAAAGUAACUCAGUCAUAUCAACCAAAUUGUAACCACACUUCCGGUUACAAAAUUCCAAAAUAAAAUCGUUCACUACAUAUUUAGGUGUAGAGAAUGCAGUACAGGUUAUACAUAUGCGUUUCAGACAUUAAAAGAAAGACUACAACCUUACAUCCUUUUAUUCCAGAGCGUCUACGGAUGAACCCCCACUACACCGCGAAGGCUAUUAAAUCCGUGACACCUUAAUGCUUUUGCUUUGAAGGCAUAAUCAUCUUAUUUCCGGCGCAAACCUGUCACCUUUCACGCAUCUGCCAAACCUGUCCGGGAGAGCCAGCUUGAAUCCGAAAGCUACGUCCACUGAAUGCGUUACUCGUUACAGGCAGUCCCCAUCCGAAGCGGUGUUACAAUUCAAGUACAGCAGGUUUCAUUGUAGAAAUAAAUAAAUGUGUAUCUGUCUUUGACAGGCCGCUGUGGUAGAAACCGUCCGGUCUGUGAGUGCCGUCGUCGGCGCGUAGCCUCGGUGUGAGUGUGGAGAUAUGUGGCUCCGCUGCCCCUCGCGUGUGAUCCCUCCCCUCGCGCUGCUCACAAAAUGUGUGUGUGCAGCGCGCGGCUGCAAGCUCGAGUCGGGUUGGGCUACUGCUACUUUCAGGGCGCCUCGUAAAUAAAACAACUAAUCACACAUUUCCAAAAUAUUCAAGUCGAAAACGCAUAUAAGUUUAAUUUAAUACAUCUAUCGCACACGUACAGCAUGGUGUUGUUAGUGGCAUUGUUUUUUUUUUUAUUGUUUUAGAAAACCGAACAGAAGCUGUAGCCACAGAAUGAAGAAAAACACGUGACUUAAUGUUGCCCGGUGUUUAUCGAAGCUAUGCCAACAUGAUUAUAGCCACAGUGAGGAAAAAUGUAAUGUGAUUUAUUAUUAGAACAGAUAUAAACAUAAAUAACACAGAUACAAAAGCCAUAUAAAAAUAGAAAAAUCGCAGUUGUCAUAAACAGACAGCACCUGAAAGCAGCAUUGGCUAAGUCUAGUGUGUGUGUGUGUGUGUGUGUGUGUGUGUGUGUGUGUGUGCGCCCUCGCGCUCUGUUUGUGAGGCAGAGUUGCGUGCGAAGAGCUCGACAUGUCAUUCAGAGGAAUCCGCCACCUGAAACGCGAGGAAGUGAAGGCGACUCAAUUGGGUAUAAAGCAUCAGCCAACAUCUGCCCCGAGCAGUGCAAAGCUGAUGAAAACAUCAGCUCGGAGCUCCUAUCGGACCUCUCCGAAUUCUUUUAUUUCCCUUGGAUUUAUCAUUUGGCAUUACGGAGUCGGUGCAACCAGGGAGACGCAUCUCUUUUCUGCACUUAAAGUGAAUGUGACUCAACACAACAUCCAACAUUAUACUGGAAUUAACUGAUAUCCACCGAGAUUCUGGCGCACCUGUUACCUCCACGGAGCGCAAGAUCAUGAUCCCUCCGGGAGACUGCAUGUAUGCGGGCAGAAAGAGGAGGAAGCCCAUCCAAAAACAGAAGCCGUCUUCUUCCAGUGAGAAAACCAACCCGUCCAAGCGGCACAGAGACAGGCUGAAUGCUGAGCUGGACCGGCUGGCCAGCCUGCUGCCGUUCCCCCCGGAUGUCAUCUCCAAGCUAGACAAGCUGUCUGUGCUGCGUCUUGCAGUUUCCUACCUCCGCGUCAAGAGUUUCUUCCAAGGGAACCCAGAUAAGACCUCCAGGAAGCACAUUACCAGCACAUCUUCUUCUAACCCUGAACCCAGGAAAGAGAGCCUUGCACUGGGCACCGGUGUCAAUGAAAGCAGCCUCCUGCUGGAAUCUCUGACAGGCUUUGCCUUGGUGGUGAGCAGUGAUGGGAUGGUCUUUUAUGCCUCCUCAACCAUUGUGGACUAUCUGGGAUUUCAUCAGACUGACGUGAUGCAUCAGAAUGUGUUUGACUACAUCCACAUAGACGACCGCCAGGAGUUCAGACGCCAGCUCCACUGGGCUAUGUGUCCUCCGCAGCACCAGGGGACAUCAGCACACCAGGACAACCAGUUGGCAUCAGGCACUGGUGAUGACUUUGUAGUGAACAGCCUGUUCCAUUCUCCAGAGGCCGGGGGAAUUUCUCCUGAGCUCUCCUGCUUUCUCAACAGAUGUUUCAUUGCUCGAGUCCGAUGCCUCUUGGACAGCACCUCUGGAUUCUUGACUAUGCAGUUCCAGGGCCGACUGAAGUUCCUCCACGGUCAGAAAAAGAAGUCAGCCUCCGGGGCUCUUAUGCCUCCACAGCUGGCUCUAUUCUGCAUAGGUGUACCCCUCCUACUGCCCUCCAUCACAGAGAUGAAAAUGAAGAACAUGUUAAUGCGGGGAAAGAACAAAGGAGGAGGAGGAGGGAUUAUCUCUGCACUGGAGCAUGGUGAACGAGGGGAACACCUCCGGAGGCAUUCCUACAGUGGAGGAAUGGGUGACAUUGCAGACCCUCUCUUCCUCUCCUGUCCCACUCCUGGUGCUAACCAGCGAGGUCACCACACUCCUUGGACCCCGCUCUCCAAAGACAACCUCAAGUACCGCCCUGAUGGUUACUACAACCAGGAGGAGCCCCUCAACUACUGCAAGUCCUCCAUGGCUUCCCAUAAAGGUGUCAGCCCAGGCCUCGGCGGCGGCUGGCCUCUGCGGCCGAACUCAGGUCCCCUCAGAGCGGGCCAGGGUGUUGGCUACAUCCCCUCUAACCGCUUAAACAAGGCUGGUCAGUAUGGGAAGCCAUACCGUCUUUCCCCCAGCUGCAACAGUGGCAGGGGCGGCGAGGUGUUUGUCUCUAAGCUCUACGGGAAUGUACAGAUUCCCACAGAUCCAGAUGCCUAUUGUGUGGACCUGGUGAAGAACGAGAACGGCUACGGAGAAUGCUACGAUGGCCAUCUGAUGCCUGAGAUGCCACCCAUCAAGGUAGAGCACGACUCGGACUCUGAGAACGGCUGCGACCCCUACGGGCGACCCUGGGCUUGCCGCGACCCAGAGGCCAUUAACCGUCGCUAUGGUAACGGGGUAUAUGACCAGACCUCAGGCCUCCAUCUCAAAUCAGAGGCAGAUUACUAUGAUCCACAGUACUCACCCUGUCAGCGAGGGAAAGCAGGAAUCAGUCCACCGUACAACAACGGUAACUACCAGAACUAUGCAGUGAACAACAGCGGCAACACUCCAGGACGUGUGUUAAAAUGUGACAAAGACUUGGCCAAUAACAAUGACAACAGCCAGUUUAGUCCUCAGAGACUCUCCCACUCAGACUCUCUAUGCAGCAACCAGUCUAUAAACCUCAUGGACUCACACAUCUAUCCACAAGACCCUCACAAGGCGUACAUGCACCAGGACUACAACAAGCAUUAUGAGUUCAAAGGUCACGGCUUGAUCCAUUCGAUCAAGCGGGAGCCCAUGGACUCCCCACCAUGGUCAGAGAGUACUCAUGACAUAAGCCAGUCUAUGAUGGUUGGUCCUAGGAACGUUAUGCCAUGUGUGAUGAGCACAGGGCACCACAAGUCCAGUCCCUACAUUUAUAUGCCGUAAAAAUGACUGGUGCAAACACAUGAGCAGAUAAUAACCCAAACCCGCCCACCCCUCCCCGUGCCCUUCACACAAACAAUGAGUGUGCAUUCAAGUACUUUGUAUUUUGCGCCACAUGCACCAGCAUUACGAAAGGACAGUCUUUAAAUACGCAAAUUUCCUAGGAUGUCAACAUUUAAAUUACUUCUCCUCUUUAAUGAAGAGGUCACAAACAAGGCUCAGGUUCUAGUGUUAGUGUUGUGACAAUCAAAAAUAAUACUUUUAAUCCAGUUUAUGGAUAGAUGAUUUAGUUUUUAUGGAAUACAUUUUGUAGUUGGUUCCAAGCACUUUUGGAUUUAGUGACAAUGAGACAAAUUAUGUCUAGAAACACCAUUUAAUUUUGUUUUAUGUGUCGUGUACACCUGGCUUUUGUGGGAGAAAAAAAAUUUAGCUGUAAAAAGACACUUUUUUCUUUUAACUUUGAACACAGGAGAUGACUUAACAUAUAACCUACUGUACUGCUGGGCUUAUCAAGGGAGAUGGCUGAUUAUGAGAGCACACUUAGAACUUAAAGUAUAAUCUGUCUUGAUCGUGGUUUUGCAUUUUUAAUGUUUUGACUAUAAAUGGCCUACAUUUUUCAUUACUGCCUCCAGUAAAACUAUCAGAAAUAUAUUAAAUCAACUUGCAGAGACUUGAAACUUAGAAGAAAAAGAAAAAAAUGUUUUGGUCAAAGUUACAUAAUUGUUGCAAGAUAAGUUUGCAACCAGGGUUGCAUUAAAAAACACUCAUCAGAAACAGUUGUGUUCAAGGACUCUCAUAAAUAACACUGAGCAGCUGCAGAACCAUAUUCACAAACAUGUUUUUCAAAACAUCCAUCUUUCUCUCAUAGUUUGUGAUUCGAUUUUCCAAAAGCAUAGCUUAAAAGGCAAUGCUUUUGUCAGAGCAUCCUUGAACACACCAUUAAGAACAUUUGAUAGUAAUGCAAAGUAUGCUGUCGGUGGUUAAUGAAUCAAAACAUGUAAAACUAUUUGUAUGGCCAAAGCUUUAAGUAUAUAUUUACUACAUUUAUUCAAUUAAAAACAUUCGAUUGCACACAAGGACAUUUAGUAGGGAAACAAACCUGUGUUCUGCUGAAGCGCCCCUGAGCAAAGUACUAAAUAUUAGUUCAGUUAGUGCCACCUUGUUCCAUGUCUCUGACUUCUUGUGGAUGGAACAAAAGGAAAUGUGAAAUUCAGGGUGUGCAACAAAAAAUAUAUCGAUGGCAAAAUUAUUAAUUAUUAAGUAAGUCACAAUUAGCUUUUACAGCAUCAAAUUGAAACAACUCCAUUCAGAUCGCACUAGGACUGCCCUUUAAAUUCAGGCUUGACAUGAACUUGGACCUAAGAAACAUGGUCUGCACCAGUUAAAUGAUGAAAUAAUUAUCAGCUGAAGGUUUGUUUGACAAGGUAGAAGUUUUAGGUUGGAUGGAAGGAAAAUAAAUAAGUCUAUUGUUCCGAGGUUCAAUGUUGAUUCUUCUUUAAUGCGCACAAUAGUUUCAUAGUUUUAAGUCAUGAAACUCCUGUUGAACGUACAAAUAAUAUUAAUUUAUGUCAUUUUUUAUGUCGAAGCUAAUGUUGUAUAGUGUGGAUUAGUGUUCAUGGCAAGAUCAGCAUUUCAACCAGACUAUCUCACUGCAGAUACAACACAUUUAUUUUGAAAUGACUAUACACUUUCCAUGUUGUCUUUUCAGUCCAAAAACAUCAGACAUUGUGUUCACAAUCAGUAUUUUUUUGCACAAAUGAAUGAAAAGCACCAAAUUGAUUCAAUGUCAGAGUCUCAGUUCUGUGAAGCUACUGUAGUAGUUUCUAAAUUGCACUACUGGGAGUAGUUCAGUUGAAGUUCAGCCUCGCCAGACAAGUUUUUGAGUUGACAUGCACAACUGUACAUGGUGUCACUGUGUUGAAUUUUGUCUUUUUCUCUUUGUGUGUGUUCAUUUCAAUAAAUGUUUGAUGACUUGUAUUUAUUGUAAGAGGCAAAAGUGUAUAAUUUAAGAACUACAGUUUUGAAGGCUUUUCUGUUUCACUAAGUAAAUAAAUAUGGCUUUUUUUUUCUUGCUAUCUUUUUGAUAAUUCUUAAAAAGGCUGUCAUACUUGUCUCAUGGAGGAAGUAGCUGCAAGGUAGCGAACACAGUGUACAUAUGCAGUGUCUUCCAAUGUUUCUACGUGUUUUUGCAAAUGGGACUUAUCU